GCUUCCACAGCCUCCAGCAUGCGCGUGUGGGCCCCCGUGGGUGUCCUGGCUUCUCUGGCUUACUGCUUCCACCAGCGGAGGGUGGCUCUGGCCGAGCAGCGGGCGCCGGUGGACCGCAACUUACUGGAGCUGAAAAUGGUGCAGGUGGUGUUUCGACACGGGGCACGGAGUCCGCUCAAGCCGCUCCCGCUGGAGGACCAGGUGGAGUGGAACCCCAAGCUUUUAGAGAUCCCUCCUCAAACUCGGUUUGAGUACACUGUCGCCAAUCUAGCUGGGGGCCCGAAACCUCAUUCUCAUUACGACACUGAAUACCACAGGACCGUCUUGAGGGGUGGCAUGUUUGCUGGGCAGCUGACCAAGGUGGGCAUGCAGCAGAUGUUUGCCCUUGGAGAGAGACUGAGGAAGAAUUACGUGGAAGAUAUCCCCUUCCUUUCGCCAAUCUACAACCCACAAGAGGUCUUCGUUCGCUCCACCAACAUGUUUCGGAAUCUGGAAUCUACUCGGUGCUUGCUGGCUGGGCUUUUCCAACGUCAGAAAGAAUCUGUCAUCAUCCAUACCGAUGAGGCAAUCUCUGAAGUCCUGUACCCCAACUAUCAGAGCUGCUGGAGCCUGAGAGAGAAGACCAGGGGCCGGAAGAAGGCUGCCAUUUCUCAGCCAGGCAUCUUGGAGGAUUUGGAAAAGGUGAAGGCUGGGGUGGGCAUCGCCGACAGUGACAACGUGGACUUCUUCAUUCUCCUGGACAACAUGGUUGCUGAAGAGGCACACAGCCUUCUAAGCUCCCCGGCACUGAAGAGAUUUGCCCAGCUGAUUGAGCAGAGAGCUGUGGACAUGGCCUUGUACAUGCUGCAACAGGAAGACAGGGAAAGUAUCCAGAUGGCCGUGGGCCCAUUCCUCUACAUCCUGGAGGGAAACCUGCUCAAAGCUGUGGACCCUUCCACCCCACCCAGCAAGACCAGGAAGAUGUACCUCUAUGCAACGCACGAUGUAACCCUCCUGCCUAUGCUGUUGGCCUUGGGGAUUUUUGACAACAAGUGGCCCCCGUUUGCUGUUGACCUGACCGUGGAACUCUACCAGCACCAAGAAUCUAAGGAGUGGUUUGUGCGGCUCUCCUACAACGGGCAGGAGCAAGUACCAAGAGGCUGCCCCGACAAGCUCUGUCCACUGGACAAGUUCUUGAACACCAUGUCAGCUUACUCUGUGAGCCCAGAAAAAUACCGAAGACUGUGCUCCCAAACACGGAUAAUGGAACUUGGAGAGUGACUUCUUUACACAGACAAGUUGAUUUUUAAAUAAAGUGCCUUUAUAUAAAAGA